AUUGGAUAUAUUGUAUCUGCAGAUGGACAGCAAACUAAAACAGAAAAAUCAAACACCACUACGAUUACAGAAUUUGUUCUCUUGGGGUUUUCUGAUAUUCCCCAGCUCCAGUGGAUUCUUUUUGGAAUAUUUUCACUCAUAUACAUGACUAUUCUGAUUUGUAACAGCAUUAUAAUAUUGAUAACAAAAAUUGACCCUGCUCUUCAGACACCUAUGUAUUUUUUCCUUAGAAAUUUUUCAUUUCUAGAAAUCUGUUAUGUAACAGUCACUAUCCCAAGAAUGCUUGUAGACCUUUGUACCCAAAAAGGAAAUAUUUCCUUUUUGUCCUGUGCUGCACAAAUGUGUUUUGUCCUUAUGCUGGGAGGUGUGGAGUUCUUCCUGCUGACAGUGAUGGCCUAUGACCGCUAUGUGGCCAUCGGUAACCCUCUGAAUUAUACUAUAGUCAUGAACCAACAGGUCUGUGUGCAGAUGGUGGCUGCCUCCUGGAUCAGUGUAAUUCCAGUUGUGAUUGGUCAAACAUACCAGAUUUUCUCUUUGCCUUUUUGUGGGUCUAACAGAAUUAAUCACUUCUUCUGUGACAUCCCCCCAGUCCUCAAGCUUGUUUGUGGUGAGGCAUUUGUAAACAAGAUAGCAGUAUAUAUUGCUGUGGUGUUUUUUGUGAUAAUUCCCUUUCUGUUGAUCAUUGUUUCCUAUGGUAAAAUUAUCUCCAACAUUCUGAAAUUGACGUCAGCCAGAGGAAGGGCUAAAGCUUUUUCCACUUGCUCAUCUCACCUCACAGUUGUCAUUCUCUUCUAUGGAACUGCGAGUAUCACUUAUUUAGAACCCAAACCAAAUCAAUAUGAAGGAAUGGGAAAGCUGCUGUCUCUUUUCUACACCAUUUUGAUCCCAACUUUGAAUCCCAUUAUCUACACUCUGAGGAACAAGGAUAUCAUUGUAGCACUGAGAAAACUUCUAGCUAAGUUAUUAGCAUGA